AUGCAAAGCUACGACCUCAAGGAGCAGAUCGGCCGCGGCAGCUUCGGGACGUGCCACCUCGCGUGGCACCGCGCGGAGCGACGAAUGUACGUCGCGAAGCGGAUCCCGGUGCAUCAGAUGGCGGAGCGCGAGGAAGCGCUGCGAGAGGCGCAGCUCCUGAGCGCGCUGCGCCAUCCGAACAUCAUCGCGUACAAGGAGUCCUUCAUCGAGGACGCGGACAAGACGCUGGUGAUCGUGACCGCGUACGCGGAGGAGGGCGACCUGUUCACGCACAUCAAGCGCGCGCGAGAGAGCGGCCGGCGCUUCAGGCGCCGACAGCUGUUGGAUUGGGUGACGCAGAUCGCGCUCGCGUUGGACCACAUCCACGCGCUGCGCGUCAUGCACCGCGACUUGAAGACGCAGAACAUAUUCCUAGGGAGGGGCGGCGUGGUGAAGCUGGGCGACUUUGGCAUCUCGAAGGUGUUGGAGCGCACAGACGACUUCGCGACGACGGUGACGGGGACGCCGUAUUACCUCGCCCCGGAGGUGUGCACGAACCAGCCGUACACGCUCAAAUCCGACGUGUGGUCGCUCGGCUGCGUCGCGUACGAGAUCGCGACGUUGCGCCACGCGUUCGCCGCGGACUCGCUGCUGUCGCUGGUGUUCCAGAUCGUCAACGGGACGUGCCCGCCGAUACCGACGGAGCGCGGGUACGACCAUCGCUUCGCCGGGCUCGUGAGCGUGAUGCUCGAACGUGACGCGCGCGCGAGGCCGACGGCGUCGGAGCUGUUGCGCCAUCCGCUGAUGCAAGAGCACCUU